AAUCUUGAGACUGAAUACGAGGCCAAAGUGGUGGGCAAACAGCGUCAGGAGCCCCGUUGGGAACAGUGUGUCUCUAUCGUGCAAUCGGCGGUUGGCAUCGGACUGUCAAACCUUUAUAUCGACAGAUAUUUUAAUAAUGACAACAAACAAAUGACUUUAGAUAUCGUAAAGAAUAUUAAAACAGAAUUUGAAGGAAUAUUACACGAAAUCGAUUGGAUGGAGAAAAACACAUUAAGCCAUGCACUGGAUAAAUUACAAAACAUGGAACUCAAAGUAGGCUUUCCCUCCGAAUUGAUGGACGACAAGAAAAUUAACAACUAUUAUAAAGAUCUACAAAUAACUAAAGACAACUACUUUCAAAACCGUAUCAAUACUUACAAGUGGUUAACAGACUACCAAUUCAAUCAACUCCGAGAACCUAACAACAAAAAUGAUUGGCGCAAAUACGCUGAGGUGACAGAAGUGAACGCCUAUUACUUCCCACAGGAGAACGCA